CUCUCAGGGUUACCGGCUAAGGGGCCUCACGGGCAAGGUCCGCUUUCUUGUUAAAAUGGCAGCGCCUGGCAUGCUCCGCAUGUACCUCUGAAGUGGGGAUGAGAACCUUCCCUGGAAGAGGAAACGAGCCUGCCGCGUUUUAGAUUUUGAAACACCCCAGGUCUGGGUCUCCCGGGCGAGCUGUGGGGCCAGUGGGAAAAUCUCUGAUGCUUUCAGUCCUGAGCCCAGGGAAAACCUAAGUCUGCUUUUAAAGGGCUCCUUUGAUUGGGCCAGAUCCACCCAAGAUAAUCUCCCUUUGAUGAACUCAAAAUCAACCGAUUAUGGACCUUAAUUGCAUCUGUAAAAUCCUUUCACCUUUGGCAUAUAACAUAACACAAUCAUGGAACUGGUGAAAAAUCUUGAAGGCAAGCUGCAAUUUUGAUAUUUGACAAAUAUCGGAAAGGCCCAGGACUGCAUGGAUUGCGAAACUGGUAGCUUACCAGAGUGUGUUUGACAGGGCUCCUACCUCCUCCAGAACCCGUGAAGGAAGGUUCUACGAUGGUCUGUUCAGCUCUCAGGAGAGUUGCCUACAUGCGUGUGUACCUGGUGAGGAAGGCCAGUAGUGUCUCCAGAAGCCAUCCGUCCCUAGGCUCAGGGCUUGCUGCCGGAGGAGCUCCAGGGAGCGUGGAGCUGCUGGGUAAAUCCUACCCGCGGGACGACUACAGCAACCUCUCCAGCAAAGUGCUCACCAGGGUUGGCAGGAACUUGCACAACCAGCAGCAUCACCCUCUUUGGCUGAUCAAGGAGAGAGUGAAGCAGCAUUUCUAUACGCAAUAUGUGGGCCGCUCCGGGACUCCGCUCUUCUCCGUCUAUGACGACCUUUCCCCGGUGGUCACCACCUGGCAGAACUUUGACAGCCUGCUUAUCCCAGCGGAGCACCCCAGCCGGAAGAAGGGGGACAACUAUUACCUGAAUCGGACCCACAUGCUGCGGGCGCACACGUCCGCGCACCAGUGGGACCUGCUGCACGCGGGGCUGGACGCCUUCCUGGUGGUGGGCGACGUUUACCGGCGCGACCAGGUGGACUCCCAGCACUACCCCGUCUUCCACCAGCUGGAGGCCGUACGGCUCUUCUCCAAGCACGAGUUAUUUGCCAGCAUAAAGGGUGGAGAAAGCCUGCAGCUCUUUGAACAAAGUUCUCGCUCAGCCCAUAAACAAGAGACACAUACCAUGGAGGCCAUGAAGCUCGUAGAGUUUGACCUGAAGCAGACACUUACCAAGCUUGUGACACAUCUUUUUGGAGACGGGCUGGACAUUAGAUGGGUAGACUGCUACUUUCCUUUUACUCACCCGUCCUUUGAGAUGGAGAUCAACUUCCGUGGAGAAUGGCUGGAAGUUCUUGGCUGUGGAGUGAUGGAACAACAACUGGUAAAUUCAGCUGGUGCCCAAGAUAGGAUCGGCUGGGCCUUCGGCCUGGGACUGGAAAGACUGGCCAUGAUUCUCUACGACAUCCCGGAUAUCCGUCUCUUCUGGAGCGAGGACGAGCGCUUCCUGAAGCAGUUCCGCUUGUCCGAUGUCAACCAGAAGGUGACAUUUCAGGUAUGAUGACUUGUAAGAAUC